AUGUCAACCAUGGUAGCCGCCGCUCCCGGAGCCCAGCAGUACCCGUUCCCCUGCCCGUCGCAGGGCUGGUUCUGCGACGGCGCGCACGGCGCCGUGUGGUGCGAUUCUGCGGCCGUGCCGCGCGACGGGUUCUUGUGCUCGCCUGGUACUUGCUGCUCUGUGCCCCCGGACCACGCUGUGUGCAACCCCUGCUAA